AUGCGUGUCUCUGCCAUCGCCUUCUUCUCCCUGCUUUCCGGAGCUCUCGCAGGAAACUGCGGACCUCAGAACGGAAACGCGGUUUGCGCUACUGGAGAAUGCUGUAGCCAGUAUGGAUGGUGCGGCACCACAGUCGAUCACUGCGACUCCGCGACCUGCCUGAAGUCAUUCUCCGGCAAGACCUCAAAGUGCGCACCCACCACUGCCGUUACUACAAAGGCCACUGUCACAAAAGCCGCUGCCACCACUCUCAAAACUUCUGCUGCUACCACUUUCCCCGCUGCCGUUCCCAACAUUGACGUCUGCGGCCACGCUCAAGGCGGCGUAACCUGCCCCGGCGCCGGUACCAACGGCUACUUCUACCGCUGCUGCUCGUCCGCUGGACACUGCGGUCCCAAGAACGACAUCCAGGACCAGGCUCUCUACUGCGGCGACGGAUGCCAGGCCGGCUACGGAAAGUGCAACACCAUGGCUAAGCCCCCCGUCCCAUCUGCUACUCCCGGUACUGCUGGUGCAGGUGAGAACUGCGGCCCGAUUGUGAACAAGAAGUGCGGGUCUGGACUGUGCUGCUCGGGAAGCAACUACUGCGGAGCCGGCACGGACUUCUGCGGCGCUGCCAACUGGUGCCAGUCCAAGUGGGGCAAGUGCAACUAA